AUGUUUCUACCAUUGAACAGUUUCUCACAACCUCCGCCCAACACUCAACAGUUCAACGCCACUCAGUCACAAGCAAGCGGUAGACUUGCACAGCCUCAUCAACACCAACAACCACAACAACCUCAACAACAACAACAGCAGCAGCAACAAAAUUCUAAAACGUUGAAUGGAAAUAUAACUAACAAAGAACAAAAUGCCUCUGGUAGAAGCCAGUUGCUGGAAGAUUUUCGCAACAACUUAGCAGUAAAUUUGCAAUUGAAGGAUCUUGUUGGUCAUCUUGUUGAGUUCUCCCAAGAUCAACAUGGGUCCAGAUUCAUACAGCAGAAGCUUGAGAGAGCAACGGCGCAGGAGAAACAGAUGGUGUACAAUGAAAUUUUGCCAGCGUCCUACAAUCUCAUGACUGACGUCUUUGGCAACUACGUCAUUCAAAAGUUUUUUGAGUUUGGAACACCAGAGCAGAAAUUAGGUCUGGCGCAAAGGAUCAAGGGUCAUGUUUUGCCCCUGGCAUUGCAGAUGUAUGGUUGUCGGAUAGUUCAGAAAGCUUUGGAAUCUGUCCCGGCUAGCAUGCAGGUUGAAAUAGCUAAAGAGUUGGAUGGGCUGGUGCAGAAGUGUGUAAAGGAUCAGAAUGGCAAUCACGUGGUUCAGAAAUGUAUCGAAUGUGUCGAGACCAGUCAAAUUCAGUUCAUCAUCGAUGCUUUCAAAGGGCAGGUGAUGUCAUUAUCAGCUCAUCCCUACGGCUGUCGCAUUAUCCAGCGUAUCUUGGAGCAUUGUUCUGCCGAACAGAAGGUGCCAAUCAUGGAAGAGUUGCACCAGAAUUGUGAUUUCCUCAUCUCUGAUCAGUAUGGUAACUACGUCAUCCAGCACGUCCUGGAGCAAGGCAAACCAGAGGACAAGGCAAAGAUUGUGGCCAAAGUGAAAACUAAAGUCCUUCAACUCAGUCAACACAAAUUUGCAAGUAAUGUGAUGGAGAAGUGUGUGGCCUUUGCCUCACUACCUGACCGUACACAACUCAUUGAUGAAGUCUGCAAUGCACCUGAUGGACAAAACUGUCCUCUGUACAUAAUGAUGAAAGAUCAGUUUGCAAAUUACGUGGUCCAGAGGAUGAUCGACGUUGCCGACGCCAAGCAACGCAAACAACUCAUCUCCAAGCUGAGACCUCACGUCGCCAUACUACGCAAAUUCACUUAUGGAAAGCACAUCAUAUCCAAGCUUGAGAAGCACUAUGGCAAGUCGAGUAAUGAGAUCCCUCCGAUUGGAGCUGGAGCACCUGUUUCCGCCAAUGCCGGUUGUUGACCCGUUUGUCUUUUUAUAUUUCUGUCUGUUGAUUCAUCGUUGCUGGUGGUGCUGCUGCUGGUGUAUCGAUGAAGGGUCGUCUGUCUGUCUGUCUGUCUGUCUGUCUGUCUGUCUGUCUGGUGCUCAUUCAAAAACUCCAUUGCGUCGUGUCAUGAUGUGUGAUGCUGCAUGUUGACGUUUUUAUGCCACGUAUCCGGGCGCGUGCGUGCAAAAUAAAAAGGAACAUUUUUAAUGCUUAUAUAUUUUACAAGUUUGCGAACAUUCACUGGAAGGAAGGUUUCAAAGUUGGCGUGAGAUUAUAGCAUUUGCUUGGUUUCCUGCGGUAGGCUAUCAGGCUGUCGGUGUCUUGUAACGCUGUCGCAAAGUU